AGGGAGAACUGGUGGGCGGUCCUUCCUGUGACACGACCCUUGAGUGACAGUUCUAUUUGAUUGCCUCCAGUACUGUGAGGAAAGGACAAGACUCUAUGGUGAGGACUGAUGGACAUACAUUAUCUGAGAAAAGAAACUACCAGAAGAAUCCCAUCGUUUAUCAUGUUCUGGUUGGACUCCUUUCUUAUCGUUUGCUGGAGUUUGAACUUCAGAGCUAUGGUGUCAACCCUGCUGUAAUAUCUCAGGGGAGCUCCUAGUGUGGGGCUGGUGCCAUGGCUCACCCUCCAACCUUUCCUUCUUCACUUCAGCCUCCAGCUCUGAGCUUUCCAAUCCCCAGAGUAGCAAAUGUUGAAAGAAGUUGCACAGGCCACCGUGUUUUCUUGGAUGAGCCUUCCAGAAAUGUAUAAAAUAUUUCUGUAACCCUUGGAGAGGACUCUACCAGGAUACUUACCUACUCUCCAAAGUGACAAACAGCAUGUUUGGUGCUUCAAGAAAGAAGUUUGUAGAGGGGGUCGACAGUGACUACCAUGACGAAAACAUGUACUACAGCCAGUCUUCUAUGUUCCCACAUCGGUCAGAAAAAGAUAUGCUGGCAUCACCAUCUACAUCAGGUCAGCUGUCUCAGUUUGGGGCAAGUUUAUACGGGCAACAAAGUGCACUAGGCCUUCCAAUGAGGGGAAUGAGCAACAAUACCCCUCAGUUAAAUCGCAGCUUAUCACAAGGCACUCAGUUACCGAGCCACGUCACGCCAACAACAGGGGUACCAACAAUGUCACUUCACACGCCUCCAUCUCCAAGCAGGGGUAUUUUGCCUAUGAAUCCUAGGAAUAUGAUGAACCACUCCCAGGUUGGUCAGGGCAUUGGAAUUCCUAGCAGGACAAAUAGCAUGAGCAGUUCAGGGUUAGGUAGCCCCAACAGAAGCUCGCCAAGCAUAAUAUGUAUGCCAAAGCAGCAGCCUUCUCGACAGCCUUUUACUGUGAACAGUAUGUCUGGAUUUGGAAUGAACAGGAAUCAGGCAUUUGGAAUGAAUAACUCCUUAUCAAGUAACAUUUUUAAUGGAACAGAUGGAAGUGAAAAUGUGACAGGAUUGGACCUUUCAGAUUUUCCAGCAUUAGCAGACCGAAACAGAAGGGAAGGAAGUGGUAACCCAACUCCAUUAAUAAACCCCUUGGCUGGAAGAGCUCCAUAUGUUGGAAUGGUAACAAAACCAGCAAAUGAGCAAUCCCAGGACUUCUCAAUACACAAUGAAGAUUUUCCAGCAUUACCUGGUUCCAGCUAUAAAGAUCCAACCUCAAGUAAUGAUGACAGUAAAUCUAAUUUGAAUACAUCUGGCAAGCCAACUUCAAGUACAGAUGGACCCAAAUUCCCUGGAGAUAAAAGUUCAACAACACAAAAUAAUAAUCAGCAGAAAAAAGGGAUCCAGGUGUUACCUGAUGGUCGGGUUACUAACAUUCCUCAAGGAAUGGUGACGGACCAAUUUGGAAUGAUUGGCCUGUUAACAUUUAUCAGGGCAGCAGAGACAGACCCAGGAAUGGUACAUCUUGCUUUAGGAAGUGACUUAACAACAUUAGGCCUCAAUCUGAACUCUCCUGAAAAUCUCUACCCCAAAUUUGCAUCACCCUGGGCAUCUUCACCUUGUCGACCUCAAGACAUAGACUUCCAUGUUCCAUCUGAGUACUUAACGAACAUUCACAUUAGGGAUAAGCUGGCUGCAAUAAAACUUGGUCGAUAUGGAGAAGACCUUCUCUUCUAUCUCUAUUACAUGAAUGGAGGAGACGUAUUACAACUUUUAGCUGCAGUAGAGCUUUUUAAUCGUGAUUGGAGAUAUCACAAAGAAGAACGAGUAUGGAUUACCAGAGCACCAGGCAUGGAACCAACAAUGAAAACCAAUACAUAUGAGAGGGGAACAUAUUACUUCUUUGACUGUCUUAACUGGAGGAAAGUAGCUAAGGAGUUCCAUCUGGAAUAUGAUAAAUUAGAAGAACGGCCUCAUCUGCCAUCCACCUUCAACUACAACCCUGCUCAACAAGCCUUCUAAAAAGACUUCCCUUUUCUUGGGGUAUGGCUGUCUCAGCACAAUACUCAACAUAACUGCAGAACUGAUGUGGCUCAGGCACCCUGGUUGUAAUUCCUUGAGGAUCUGGCAAUUGGCUUACGCAAAGGGUCACCAUUUGAGGUCCUGCCUUACUAAUUAUGUGCUGCCCAACAACUAAAUUUGUAAUUUGUUUUUCUCUAGUUUGAGCAGGGUCUGAAUUUUUUCAUUUAUUUUCAUUUUUGCCAGCAGACAGACUUGGGUCUGUAAAGACAAGCAAGUACACUGACAGAAGUUUACCAUUUAGUUUCUUAUAUGUAAAAAAGAAAACCCACAAAAGACUCAACAAAAUUAGACCACAAAAUUUGCUUUGUUCAUUGUAGCACUAUUGGUAAUAAAAUAACAAAUGUUUGUGCAUUUUUAUGUGAAGAUCCUUCUCGUAUUUCAUUUGGAAAGAUGAGCAAGGUCUGCUUCCUUCAUUUUACUUCCCCUUCUGUUUUUGAAAGGCAGUUUCGCCAAGCUUAACGCAAGAAUAUCUGACUGUUUAAAAGAAUGAUAUUGCCACAAUCUCUGGAUGGUCUCCAGGGUUGUGUUAUUACUGAGCUUCAUCUUUCCAGAAUGAGCAAAACACUGUCCAGUCUUUGUUACGAUUUUGUAAUAAAUGUGUACAUUUUUUUUAAAUUUUUGGACAUCACAUGAAUAAAGGUAUGUAUGUACGAAUGUGUAUAUAUUAUAUAUAUGACAUCUAUUUUGGAAAAUGUUUGCCCUGCUGUACCUCAUUUUUAGGAGGUGUGCAUGGAUGCAAUAUAUGAAAAUGGGACAUUCUGGAACUGCUGGUCAGGGGACUUUGUCGCCCUGUGCACUAAAGGGCCAGAUUUUCAGCAGCCAAGGACAUCCAUACCCAAGUGAAUGUGAUGGGACUUAAAGAAGUGAACUGAGACAAUUCACUCUGGCUGUUUGAACAGCAGCGUUUCAUAGGAAGAGAAAAAAAGAUCAAUCUUGUAUUUUCUGACCACAUAAAGGCUUCUUCUCUUUGUAAUAAAGUAGAAAAGCUCUCCUCA